CUCAGUCUGACUUACACCUCACUCUCAACGUUUCUGAACCCAAAAAAAAAAAAGAAAAAAAAAACUCUCACUCUCACUCUCACUUACAUCGGCGGCAGAGGACUUUCGUCGGCGGUGACCUCUGAGUCUCAUCUCUCUCAUUGUUUCUGCACUCCAUCGCAGUGUGAGGUUACAGAGGCUUUCAUUUCCAAGCCCUUCACUCCGCUCCAAGAUGGAGGUGUCGUGUCUUGUGUUGAUGUCCUACAGAUAACCCAAGCGGCAAUCUCCAUGGUUGAUGGUAGCUCUGGAGCUGUUAAUGAUGUGGCAGGCACCUUGAUGCAAAAGUUCUGGGAUUCAGCACUUGCAUUAGAGCCACCUGAUGAUUAUGAUACUCAUAGUGAAAUGUCUGGAUUUAUGGCUUCUGAUGGGGCAGAGCAAUGGAAGCUUGGUAGCUAUCCAUCUCUUGGUCUUGGAAAUUCAUUUGCCUUCAAAUUUGAGGAUCUAAAGGGUCGUGUACAUCGAGUGAAUUGUGGUAAGUGGUUGAGGACAGGAUCUUUGCAAUUUCAUGAGAUCUGAAUUCCCUUUUGUACUUGGAAACUUUUUUCAUCCUAUUACAAUUGUCUU